AUGACCAUUCGCACGAUUCGUCCAACCCCCAGGGCGGAUGGCAUUACCAGCAGCCGCAACCGCAGCCUCAACCGCAACCGCAACCUCAACCUCAACCUCAAGCAGCCGCAGCCGCAAUCACAGCAGCCGUACUACCCUCCUCCCCCGCAUGCGCAGCAGCAACCCCCGACGUGGAACCAGCACCAGCCUCCCCCGCCGCCGUACUACCACCAACCGCCGCCUUAUGUGCAGUAUCACCAGUAUUCGCCGCGGCCCGGCUACGACCCAGGAGGCCCAAGCGGGUACAACAAUGUUUCGUCUGGAUAUGCCAAUGGACAACAGCAGGGCGCGACUACCGGGCCCUAUCCCCCUCAGCCCCAGCAACAGCAAAGCAUGCCCCCGCCGACUCCGCCGAGGAGCCCUAGACAAGGGUGGUACCAGUCCCAGAACGCGCCCAGCCAACCACAGCAGCAGCCGCAGCAACAACAGCAACAACAGGGGUACUACUAUGACCAACAGCAGCAAGGCCAACAAUCGUACAGCCAGCAGUGGACCCCAACCUCCUGCACAACCCCCUCAACCGCAGCCGCCUGCCCAGUCGCAGCCCCAGACGCAUUCUGGCGGGUCUACGCCGGCCGAGAGUCGUUCACCUCAUCAGCCGAGACAGGAAAGGUGCAUUUGCCCCCCCUGAGAAACCAGUCUGGGUACCCGGCUCCUGCGCCUGCACCCGCUACAGCUGGAACGGCCUCGAAUGCACCGUCUGGAGGUGGAGGAGGUGGCGGUGGAUACGCGGAACCACGACCGUUUGUUGCGCCCGGUGUAGGCCGCGACCGAACAAACGCCCCGACGGCCGCUGCAGGAUCGUACGAGCCCCGUCCGCCAACCUCGUCGAACAGCUUUGACACCCGCUCGGGCCCAGGUGGUCCGAACGGGGCAUUCGACACCCGUUCCUCUGUCCCAGCACCCCCCAACUCGGGAACAUUCGACAAUCGCCCGUCGUUUGACGGUCGUCCCGGUCCGGGAUCGUUUGAUUCAAGGCAGGCAGUGUCGGCGGCGACUGUACCGGCAGUAACACCGUCCAGCGCGUCCUCGGCGUCGUUUGACGCUCGUCAGCAGGCGUUUGAUUCGAGGCACAAUUCGUUUGAUGGGAGACCGGGUCCGCCUCCUGGUCCUGGCCCUAGUCCCGGUCCUGGGUUCGACAACCGUGCGGCCGGCCCUGUGUUCGAUAGUCGGUCGGGUGCGCCGGCGUUUGAGAAUCGGGCCCCACCAUCGUUUGAGAAUCGGGCUCCGGGUCCGGCGUACGAGCAGCGAGGGUACGAGACUCGGACUGGAGCAGGUACUACUGGAGGAGGGUACGACGCUCGAGCUGGAGUUGGAGGAUACGAUACAGGCGCCCGGGCUGCUGGAGGAUACGAGGCCAGAACCGGGAGUGCAGCAUACGACGCGAGGACGCACGGACAUGGUCAUGGUCAUGGACAUGGACAUAGCCAGAGCCAGGGCGGAUACGACACACGCGGGUUUGACGGUCGCGCACCCGCCGGAACGACGUUUGAGAACCGGGCGCCGGGUGCGGGAGCCGCGUUCGAUAAUCGCGCGCCGGCGUUUGAAAAUCGUGCGCCUGGAGGAGGGGGAAGUGGUGGUGGAUUCGAGAGUCGCGCGGGUGGAGGAGGACCGCCGCCCCCGCCUCCACCACCAGGCAGCGCGUUCGAGAACCGUGCGCCCGGGAACGGAGGAGGGUACUAUUCUGCGCCUGCCAACCCGAGCUCGACGACAUACGAAACGAGACCCCCGCCCCCGGCUUCCCCUGGAAUUACCGACGUGAAGGUGCUGGCGGUGCUGCUGGUGGAGGACAGGGCAAACGAAACCCGUUGA